AUGGAUCCCACAGAACUUGAGCAAAAAAUGUUGGAAGCGGCCAUCAAGGCCUCGCUUGAGGACUUCCAGAGACAGAAGCAAGAGUCGUCCGCCCAGGUCUCUCCGUCAUCUCAGGACCAGAAACCUGUCGCUGAAAGCGCCUCAAAUUCCCCAUCCAAAGGUCCCUCUCAAAAACCAAGUCCUCCAAAGAUGCCAAAUCAGCCAAAGGCAUCACCCCGGCCGACCAAGCCAUCAAAGCCAACGGUCGUGGACCUCACGCAUGACUCCAGCUCAGACUCAGAUCUGAAAGAGAUUUUCCCAAAGUCUAAGUCAGUUAUCGGAUCUGAUACAGAUACUGAAACUGUUGAUCAUACAGUGGAUGAUGACAGCGAUGAAGAUCUUAGGCGAGCGAUUGCCAUGUCCCUUAAGGGCGCUCGGCAAGAUACGGACCUCCUAGGACCGGGAUCUCCUUCGAAGCCAGUGGAGAUCCCAGAAACCGCGAGCAACGCGACCCCCAAGCCUCAGGGAAUCUUUGGCAUUGACCGCAAGCAGAUGGAGCAAGAACGUCUUGCCCGCCUCGCCAAGCGCAAAGCCGGGAGCUCUCCUCCUGCCCAGCCAUCCCCCAAAGCUUCUAGACUCACCGAGCCCGAUGCCCGUCUGACGGGUCGAGUGUUAUCGCCACAACCCCCUUCAAAUACUCAUAUCCGCAGCAAUUUCACAGCCAAUAAUUCCACCAGUCGGGUGCAGCCAACAGCCCGACCAGUCAUGCAAUAUCCCCUCGGGGUUGUUAAGAAGACGCACGUAGCAGGUAAACCCCGCGCAGGCAACGACAUUACCAUCGAAGAGGUUUUCCAGCGAGAAGACCUAAAUGUUGCAGUUCUCAGCUCAUUCCUCUGGGAUAUCGAGUGGUUGUUCUCAAAGUUCAGCACCAAGAAGACCAGGUUCAUCCUCAUGAUGGGUGCGAAGGAGGAAGCCACGCGCAAGCAGUAUCGGGAGGAAACCGCUUCGAUGCCUACGCUUGAUCUAUGUUUUCCGCCUAUGGAACCACAAGUCAACAAUAUGCACUCGAAGUUGAUGCUCUUUUAUCAUCCCGGAUACCUUCGAGUUGCCGUUCCAACUGCAAAUCUCACCCAGACUGAUUGGGGUGAGAACGGCUUGAUGGAGAACACUGUCUUUCUAAUCGAUCUACCCAGAAUCGAGCUUGGUGUAAAGGUUGAAAAGUUCGACACACCUUUCAAAGAAGAGUUGGCCUACUUUUUGAAAGCGUCCAAAUUGCGCGACGACGCGAUCAAAGCACUUGAUGACUUUGAUUUCAGCCAAACAGCCCGAUAUGCGUUUGUACACACUAUUGGUGGAUCGCGAACCGGCGAGUCGUGGAAGCGGUCCGGAUAUUGUGGGCUCGGUCGCGCCGUGACACAGUUGGGUCUGCAGCCAUCUGGGCCCAUUAACAUUGCCUACGUGUCUUCCUCCGUUGGCUCUUUGAAUGAUGAAUUCCUUCGCUCGAUUUAUCUUGCUGCUAAAGGUGAUGAUGGCCUGACAGAUUACAAGCUCCGGUACACACGAGAAUCGACUAGCCAAACCAAUGAUCCGCAGCGCACGCAGAUGGUGCAGCUGGGCCAGGAAUGGCAUAAUCGCUUCAAUGUGUACUUCCCCUCCGCCCAGACCGUUCGUUUUGCGCACUUGGAUCCGGAACGAACUGCAGGUACUGUCUGUUUCUCGGCGCGGUGGUGGCUCGGCGAGAAGUUUCCUCGGCGAGUGUUGAAGGACUGCGAGAGUAAGCGGGGGGUUUUAAUGCACAACAAGCUCAUGUACGUGUGGCCCUCGGAGCCCAUUCAGAUGCCCGACGGCAACGAAUGUAAGGGCUGGGCAUAUGUUGGAAGUGCUAAUAUCUCGGAGAGUGCCUGGGGUCGCUUGAUAAAAGAUCGCUCCACCGGCCAGCCGAAGCUGAACUGCCGCAACUGGGAGUGUGGUGUCUUGGUGCCCGUUAUUACGCCUGGCGGCAGGGCAUACUCUCAAGCAAGCGAUGCCAACACAACCACGCUCGACACUGCUACAGCCACCCAAUCGAGGCCACAGCAAUUGAACGCCGAUAUCUUCCAGGAUACAGUGCCAGUUCCCAUGAAGCUCCCCGGAGCGGAUCUGACUGAGAGCCGCCCUCCUUGGUUCUUCCAAAGCUGA